UCAGUUUCUGGACUGUCUCCGAGGUCCUAACACAUUACAAAAGGUCCGAACAAUUCCGAACGAGGUCCGAACACAUUCCGAACGAGGUCCGAACACAUUCCGAACGAGAUCAAAGAGUUUCAAACGAGGUCCGAACGAGGUCCGAACAAGGUCCGAACACUGUCCGAACACUGAUUCCGAAUUGUGUCACGUGACCGAGGAGGCGUGGUUAUCGCUUUAGAGUCGCAGCAGAGCUAUAGAGAGAUAUAUGUACAACUCUGAAGUCGCAGCCAUUCUUUUCCACCGCAUCACUACAGACUCGGGAAAAAGAUGACUAAGACAGGAAAGCCAGACAGCUACUGGAGGGACCUCUGUAUAAAAUAUGCCCAGGGCCUUUACCGCUUCUCGACUGGCAAACGGCCAGGGGCCAAGAAAUGGAAAAAGGCCUUGGAGAACAUCGAUGCUUGCCCCCUGCAGAGCCAUAGUGGUAGUAAGGAUCUGUUCGGGAGAAGCCUUCAGUGCUCCUGUGGCUUCCACAAGGUAUGUGAAAUUAUUUUCCCCCUGUGGGUUCCACAAGGUAAGUGAGUUAUUUACUAAUUGAUUGUUUACAGGUUUGCUUGUUUCUUCCUCUGGUGGGCUUCAGUGAUUUUGCAGUAAUGCCUGAUGUAUUUUAACAACUGGAGAAAACUAGUAGUGUAGGAUUCUUAGAUGUAUGUACCAUGGCCUCUCUUUGUGAACCCCCCCCCAGCCAGCAGAUCUGUCAUCAGGAGCUGGGUCCAGUGAGGCAGGAGUAGUUGAGACGGAGGCAGGGCGAGUCCGAGUCGGCUCAGAGGCAGGAAGAGGAGACACGGAUGCAGGGGGAGCCCGGUCCCACACAGAGGCAGAGGCAGGGAGAGGAGACAAGGAGGCAGGGAGAAGAGACACAGAGACAAGGAGAGGAGUCACGGAUGCAGGGGGAGCCCAGUCCCACACAGAGGCAGAGGCAGGGAGAGGAGACAAGGAGGCAGGGAGAAGAGACACAGAGACAAGGAGAGGAGUCACGGAUGCAGGGGGAGCCCAGUCCCACACCGAGGCAGAGGCAGGGAGAGGAGACAAGGAGGCAGGGAGAAGAGACACAGAGACAAGGAGAGGAGUCACGGAUGCAGGGGGAGCCCGGUCCCACAAAGAGGCAGAGGCAGAGAGAGGAGACAAGGAGGCAGGGCCAUCAGUGGCAGGACAGGAAUUGCAGUGCUACGGGUGCAACCAGCUUGUGGAGGCAGCACAUUUUUCAGAGCACCUGUCUGACCACCAUACUGAGGAGACGUGUGACACCUGUGGGGCCAAGGUGGAGGGUACUGUUGGUCUUUUGAACCAUAUUCAACAGGUUCACUAUGCAGGAUUCGUUAUGCCAUCGAUGCAAAAGCCAACAGUCCUAACAUCGAAGCCAACGCCAUCACCACCGAAGCCCACACUACUACCACCGAGGCCAACUCCAUCUCUGCUCCCUCCUUCAAAUAGCUGUGCCGCGCCAUACCACACUGCAACUCCACCUAAACCAACUCCAGUAGUUUGGAAAGGUUUUCUUCCCGAUCAGUUUCGGAAAGUCAUCCAACCGGCAGAUCAGGUGUGGAUUGCCAAGUGUCUAUAUGAGCCUACAGGUCAGCUCAAGCAGAAAUUUGAAGCCUGCUGGUUUCACCCCCCACUGGAGCCCAAACCCUCUCGUCCUGAGCCUGGGUGGUACCACCGGCAGAGGCUGUUCAUCUGGGCACCCAUGAGGAUGUGGGGGAUUUCCUUAAAAUGCCCAAAAUGUUCCGGGAAAAUGAACAGCUCCGGCAUAUACAGAAAGGUCAGGGAGGUGAUCGAUGUGGAUAGCCGCUAUUACCUAGUGGGAGGGGACUAUCCACGUUGCAGCAAGUGUUUGAACCCUUCCCUCUUAGUCUGCCCAUGGAGCCAGGAUAUUCUGUCCCAGUUGGAUGUGGCACACAGGAGCCUGUUCCCCGCUGUCCUCACCACCCAGCUGGCUCUUGACAGGAAAGCAGUGACUUUCCUCAAGCCAAGGACCAGUGGAAACAGUUCCUCCUACGUCCAGUCUGCGAUGGAAGAAGCGCACAGUGAGGAGUGGGCACGGCAGACCAUCCGCUACCUCUCGGACUGUGAGCGGCACAAGAAGAUGGCUACCUUCAUCCCCUCUGCAGCUGUCUAUCUUCCUCCACCAACCUUCAGGCCCCUUCCACUUGCUCAAUGGUUUGAGACGGUCCACUCCAACGACAUUCUCAGCCAUCUGGAUGAGAUGAAGGGAGUGAUCACUUCAACCUAUGGUAGAAUUCUGAAAAUGGAUUCAACAAAGAAGAUCACCAAGAAGCUGGCUGGCGGGAUCGGGGACAGUGCGGCAUGGAUGUCCAAUAUCGGAAACGAGUUAGGCCAGGUCCUGAACUCUGUUCUGACGUCGGGUGAAGGUGCAGGGUUGGAAGAGUUGUGCCAAGGCGUCGUCACUCGGUACAAGAAUGCAGGCCAAGCUGAACCUGAGGCCAUCUAUGUCGACCGAGACUGCUGCAGCCAGUCAGGCGUGUCUUCAGUGGCUAAGCUGUUUCACCCAUGGCAAACUACAGUGCGCUUGGACAGCUUCCACUUCAUGAGGCGCUUUAACUGCGGCCUCACAACAGAACACCACCCUCUGUAUGGUAUUUUCUGUGCCAAGCUUUCCUCCUGCAUUUUUGCAUGGGACCAGGAGGACGUGCAACGCCUGAAGGAGGCCAAGAGAGAAGAGUGGAGGAGCAGCCACAGCGGGCAUACUCCCACUGAGGAGCAGCUCAUGGCCACCAUCAGUCCAGGCGAACUGAAGAGGCACUGCAGGAGGAGGACCCGUGGAGUGGAGGAGACGCGGGGCAUGAUCUCAGGGCUGCUGGAAUCAGUGUGGGAGCUGACGGACACCACAGGGCUGCGUCUGGUGAGCCAUGACAGCAUGCGCCAUGUCUGGGAAGUGCAGCAGAAGCACCUGGAGUGCCUCCAAGACCCUGCAGGUGUGGCACUGUACACGAAGGUGGGGACACUCCAGAAGGGCGGCAAAGAGCUGGACGUCCUAAGGUGUGGUAGGGGGUCCUCCUCCCUGGAGAGUUUUCACAAACACCAGUGCGCUUUUAUUCCAGGCUGGCGGUGCAAUGCUGUUCACACACAGAUGUACAUGCUGGAGGGAGUAUCGAGGUGGAACAUGGGCCGGGCCAAGGAGGCAGUAGAUGUGGAGGGGGCCUCAACCCUCAGAAGCUUUGAUGUCCGCUUGAUGUCCCACCUCAGCAACUUAAGCCAGCGCGUUCUUGGUUCCACUCUGGUGCCAGAGUUCACUCCACCCGGGAAACCUACUAGCGAGCGCAUAGCAGUGGAGUAUUUAUUGGCCCAGACCAACAGAGGUGACCUGCUGGCUCCAAAUCAGGUCCCUGAGGUCCCCUCGCAGGUACUUGAGGAGGAGGAUGAGCCGGAUGACACCAUCAGCAUGACUGACAUUCUGUGCCAGUCAGCUGCGAUAGGGGCUGGUGAUCCUCCAGGUGCUGUGGUGGGUGACGCUGAACCCGGACCCCUCGUCACACAGGUGCAGGUGCUUGAGGCGGAGGAGGAGGCAGAUGACACCAUCAGCAUGACUGAUCACACAGGUGAUCCUCCAGGUGCUGUGGAGGAUGACGAUGAACCCGGACCCCUCGUCACAGAGACCAGCCAAUGUGACUCAAGGGGCGUUGUGGGAUGGGAUGCGGUUGCUAACCUGGCAGGCUACCUAGUUGGCUUGAAUCGCACCAUCACUGCCUUGUCAAUGAAGGAGGAAGAGGACAUAGUCCAGCUAUAUACAGCUCUCCAUGACAUGGACAAGAAGCAUUCAAGCUACACCCAGAAGGCUAGGAAAAAAGGACAGGCAUCAGGAGAACCAUGGAGAGCACCGAGGAGGCCGAGUGGCUCUGCUCCGGGACAGCAGGCGGCAGAGAGACUAUACAUGACUCACGGCCAAGCAGCCCAGGAUCCCGAACACCACAGGGUCAGUGAGUGUGUCUGCCUCAGACUGGCCAAGGAGUUCGAGCAGUCCCGCAACAGGCCGAAGGACACGAGGGGGAAAACCCUGCCCAUCCCUCAGUCAAUUGUGAGCGUCUACAGCCACAUUAGACAGCUGCUGGAGGACAGCAGGGUUAUCGUGGUCCAGACGGCGCUGGCUCUGGUGCCGGUGAACAACACCACGGUCUCUGCAUGGCUGCUUAGGAGGGACAAGAGGAAGGACAGGAACAUGCUGCUGCAGGGCAAUGUUCUCCCUCAACAGCUAUACCUGGCCAAGGAGCCUCUCCCUUCAUCAAACACUCUCCCGGCUGCCCCUGUGCAACAUGCACAUGAGAUGACAUUUGACGAGCCCGAAAACCGUGAGGGGGAAGCUUUCCCCCGCCAGCGCACUCUAACGGCAAACAAGUCUAAUGUCAUCUCUCCGCCACCUCCACCUCCUCAGUUCCAUCCACAAUUUGGGCCAGCUCCUCCUUUUUCAUAUGCUCCCCCAUUUCCCCACUUUCCAUUUCCCCAUGCUCCACCUUAUCCGUAUGCUCCCCCCUAUCCGCACAUUCCAUUCACCCAUGCCCCUCCUAUGCCGCAUGCUCCCCCAUUUCCAUCUGCACAUGAUCCUCCUUUACCUCAGGCUCCUCCAUGUCAAGCUCCUCCAGAGUGCCUUCCAGGUGCCCAGCCAAGGCAACGUACCUGGAGGCUGAACAAAGCUGCCCAUGAGGAUGAGGAUCUAAUGGCAAGGGGGGAACCGCCACGGAAGAGGCUGACGAAGGAGAAGUACCACUACACCUGCAAGAAGUGUGGCCAGGACAAAAACAAAAAAACCGGACACACCCAGCUGAAGGGGCGGUGGUACUGUCCAGAGUCAGGACAGACCCUGGAUGACUGGAGGAAGAGUGUAGGCCUUUAGUCACCAUUACUUGUCUCUCUCUCUGUUGUUUGUCGGUCUGUCUCUGUGUUGUUCGUGUCUGUCUCCCUGUGUGAUCCCGACCAAGGCCUCGUAAGCCAGGCCGGUAAGUAUUCUUUUUUUUGGAUACGCCCACACCUGGUCCACUAGUUGGGUGUUAACCUGGUGUGUGUGUGUGUGUGUGUGUGUGUGUGUGUGUGUGUGUGUGUGUGUGUGUGUGUGUGUGUGUGUG